AUGGCGACUUCACUCGAAGAUCUGCCUGCUGAACUGCUUUUGCUGAUCUGCGGCUACGCCCCGAUGUCCCGCAAGCAAGAAUAUUACGAAACAUUGCGCCUGACCAGCAAGAAUGUCAACUCCAAACUCCUUCGACAGUACGGACGAACAUGGUUCACGGAACUGCCAUCGCCAGAGUCUUCAGAUAUCUCGACAGAUUCAUGGUACGGCUUCAACGGCUCAGACAAAUGCGAAAAGUUCACCUUCAGACAACCCGACCUCGAUUUCCUGCUAGGGGGUGGGUAUGGAGACAUCUUGGGGUCUGCCAUGUCCACAGUCCCGGAUUUGAAGCGUGUUGCUAUCAAAGAGCCUGUCCCCAGGAACGGGUUAAGCCCAGAAAGCUAA